UCGUAUUCCCGGAUGAGAUUUGGUUGAAAUUACGUUCCAUGAGGGAAGACAACGCUGAAUCCUUAAGUCCCUCAAACACUCAAGUAGCAUCGACUACAGAGGAUAUUUUUGCAUGACCUUGCUUUUAAAGAACUAACGGCUUCUGUGAAUAUUGGGUAAAAUGGUUAGAUUGGACCUUGGUGAUGUACUUUUGCGCAGGAUGCAGGAGAAGGAUAUUGAUGCUGUAAAGGCUCUCAUCAAGGAAGGAUGUGAGGGAACGGAGAACCGCCUGAUUCUUUACCUUCUGACUCGUCCGCUCGCUCUCCUCAUGCUGGCCAUCCUCUCCUCUAUCCUCCGCUGUGUACUGCACUCUUUUAUCUUGGCCUUGGUCAUUCCAGUCUUCAUCUUCAUCAUCUACCUCAAACUUACCAUACCACGCUCGGUGGGCAUCUUGGGCUCCAGCAGGCCAUACUGGGACUACGUGGGCAGCAGUUACCAUGCAGACACUGAACCAGAUCUACCCAAUCCUCACACUGGCAGGGCCAAACUGGAGAAAACCAGACGGCGUAAAAAACCUAAAGAAAAGGAGAAGGACAAGACGAAUGAGAAAGAACAGGUGGAUGAGGAUGAGCUGAAGGAGAGGGCGAAGGUUGCUGGUGAGGUGUGGGUGGCGGACUCUGAUGGGGAGAUUAUGGGAUGCGUGGCUAGAGAUGGUUGGAGUCGGGACGGUGUAUGUAGGGUCUGCAGGCUGGUGGUCCAGAGUUGGUACCGCAGAGAGGGACUGGGCAGACUGCUGGUGCAGGGACUGGAGUCCAAAACAAAACAGAGUGGCAUACGGCGGGUCUAUGCCCAUGUGCCAUUUCCAUCCAAAGUGGGAGAAGCUUUCUUCAGGAGGCUGGGUUAUCGUCUGCAGGGCGAGACUGCAGGGACUACUGAAGAGGAGGAGGAGGAGGAUUAUGAAGAGCCACAGAAGGGUUGGUUGGGUUUCCCUUUAACUAAAGUGUUUGUAAAGGAUCUAUAAUUCACAUUAAAACAGGAACGAAAGGCUUUCUUGGCAACACAUAAUUUAAGGAAUAUUCUGGGUUCAGUACACACAAUACUCAACAAACCUGUGGUGUAAUGUGAAUGGUGAUCACAAAAUUAUUUUUUUUGACAUUUAAACAAAAUGAAUACAUAAAAGUCAAAUUUAAGGAAAUGGUAGGGCCGACAUUAAAAGAAAAAUGGGGCCAAUUUAUGGAUUUAAAAGUAAGAAUGUAAAGCUAAUAAUUGCGAUAAAAGCAGUUAAUUCUGUUGAACCUUUAGUAUGAGUUAUAAAGCUGUUUCAAUACUCAUUUUACAGUCUUUUAUGGUUUAUGAAGUAAUAUUACCAUGAAUUUGUGAAUUUAAGUGUACCUAAUACAGUGGUGGCCAAAAUGAUUAGAACACUAGUAUUUUCUUGAAGAAUCUUGGAGACUUUGGCACAGUUCUUCUGUAUUUAGACUGUCUCAGUUUGUUCUGUUUCUUCAUGUCAUUCCAGACAGAAUGAUGAUAAUGAGAUCAGAUCUCUGUGUGCAGCACUGGCUGCUGUCAGACUCCUUGUGCAAACAAAAAUCUCACCGGAUUAUUACAAUUGAUGGCAAAAUGAAUGUUUGGAAAUGUAAACUGAUAUUACCUACUGACACACUAUAGCAAAAUAUAGAAAGAACUGAUUUUAAACCAUUUUUCUUGCUGGUGAAAAUACUAGUAUUAUAAUAAUUUUGGCCACCACUGUAACUUAAUAAGCAUUUUUUUUUAUUUCAAACUAAAUAUGCAUAGUUUACAUCUUGUGGCUUUACUGUUGAAACAGUGAGUAUUUUACCAUUGGCUUCAUUGUAUGUAACCCAGAAGCCAUUUCAACUUGUUUUUUUUUUUUUUUUUUUUUUUUGUGGUAAUCAAUAUUAUGUUCUUUUGAUUGAGCUUAACUCAUCUUGAACCAUUAAUAUUCCUUUUUAAAAGCUUAGAUUUAAGAUUUAUAAAUGGAUUUGUUCAUUUUCACAUCAUCCCAAUGAAUAACAGUAGCCGGGUUUCCAUCCAAAGUUGCCAUCCAAAUUUAACUUGUGCUCAAAACUGGAAUAUCGCAUUAAAACAUCGUUUUCAUCCAACAAGUCAGAGAACAAAAUAGUCACUUCCUGAAAAACUGGCACGAUAAAUCACUAAGAAAAGUAGGAGAAUAUAAUAAUUUACAUAUAUAGGCUAAUAAAUUACUUGGGCGUCACAGCAAGCAGACGAAACACAAUGAAUGCGGUCAUUGCUUUUGGAGGUUGAUGCUGCUGUUUGGGAAUGCAGUCUUGUAAGACAUUUCUGCGAGGCAAUUAUACAGAAAUUCUUUGACAGAUUUUGCUCGUGCAUUUAUGAAUGACCAUAAAAACAUUUUAGAUGCUGUGGAAUGAGAUCGGUCCGCUGGUUAGUCAGGUUUUCCCAUAAUGCGCUUGGAGUAAUUUAUUCACAAAAUGCAUUUCAAUCUCCCAUUAUUCGCAUCAACCCUUUUUUGCACAAGUCAAAAACCUACGGAGCCCCGCACAAGACAUGCAAGAAAAAAUAAAUAAAUUGUGCAUACGAUUUACUAAUUCUUUCCCUCAAUUUACUAAAAUGUGCACAUGAUUACUAUUGCGUUCCCUCGAUUUACUAUUGCAUUCGCUUGAUUUGCUAAAUCUUGUACACGAUUUAGCAACUCGAGGGAACGAAUUAGUAAAUCGUGCGCACAAUUUAUAAAACGAGUGAACGCAAUAGUAAAUCGAGGGAACACAAUAUUAAUCGUGUGCACGUUUUAGUACAUUGAGGGAAUGAAUUAGUAAAUCAUGCACACGAUUUAUACUUAUAUUUUUUCCUGUGUGUCAUGUGCGGGGUUCUGUAAAAACCACCUCAAGCGAGCAUAAAAACUUUUUUGCAAAUUAGGGGAUUUUUAUUAGACAUUUGGUGUUUGCUUUACUCGUUUCUCAUGCGAUAUUUCAAAAUGCGCUUUUAAAUAGGGUGAUGGAAACAUAGCUACUUGCAUUGGGAACCUCUCUGGUUUUGUCACUAAAUAUAAAUAUUGUGGAAACAUUUGUGCUGUCAAACGAUUAAUCGCGAUUAAUCGCAUCCAGAAAAAAACUUUUUGUGUACAUAAUAAUUGUUUGUACUGUGUAUAUUUAUUAUGUAUACUUAAAUACACAUGCAUAUAUAUAUUUAAGAAGAUUUUU